AGUUUCCAUGCAGUGAUGUCUGCAGCUCCCAACAUGGAACUUACGAAUGAGCAACCAGCUCUGCCAGAAAUUCCAGCCCCAGUCUUUGACCGUGAACCUGUUCAAGAAGAAAAGGGAAGGAAAAGAACCAGAUCAUCGGAGGCAAAAAAGCCAGAGCCAAAAAAAACCGCUAGAACCCCCAGAGCAGCCAAGGCAGCAAAAUCCAGAGGGAAACAAGAAAAAAUUACAGACACUUUCAAAGCGAAAAGGAAAGUGGAUCGUUUUAAUGGGGUCUCAGAAGCUGAACUUCUGACUAAGACCCUGCCUGAUAUUUUGACCUUCGACCUGGACAUGGUCAUUAUUGGCAUAAACCCAGGACUGAUGGCAGCUUACAAAGGGCAUCAUUACCCGGGACCUGGAAACCAUUUUUGGAAGUGUCUCUUCAUGUCUGGGCUGAGUGAAGUCCAGUUAAAUCAUAUGGAUGACCAUACUUUGCCAGUAAAGUAUGGGAUCGGCUUUACAAAUAUGGUUGAAAGGACCACCCCAGGAAGCAAGGAUCUUUCCAGUAAAGAGUUUCGAGAAGGAGGGCGCAUUUUGUUGCAGAAAUUACAGAAGUACCAACCUCGAAUAGCGGUUUUCAAUGGAAAAUGUAUUUAUGAAAUUUUUAGUAAAGAAGUCUUUGGAGUAAAAGUUAAGAAGUUGGAAUUUGGGCUUCAGCCCCAUAAGGUCCCAGGCACAGAAACCCUCUGCUUUGUCAUGCCGUCAUCCAGCGCAAGAUGUGCUCAGUUCCCGCGGGCACAAGAUAAAGUGCACUAUUACAUCAAACUAAGGUAUUUGAGAGAUCAGCUGAAGGGCGUGGUACCAAACUCGGACGUGCAGGAGGUGCAAUACUCAUUUGAUUUGCAGCUCGCCCAAGAGGAUGCAAAGCAGAUAGCUGUUAAGGAAGAAAAAUAUGAUCCGGGCUACGAGGCAGCGUAUGGAGGCCCUUACUGUGGAAGGGCGUGUGACGCUGAGCAGCCGUGUGCCUUCUCUUUGGACGUGAGAGGAAGAAAUAACGCCGCCUUAGGUGGAGAACCAACUUUCGGCGACAUUUCAAGCGAUCAGUGGAUGACACAGUUAUUCACAGAUCGGAUUUUGCCUUCCAUCAGUCCCUUUGGGACCCUAGAGCAAGAUGGCGUGUGA